UCUUCAGUUUUCUGUGCAGUGUUUUUGUAACCGUUGUUUGUCUGUUGAUAGAAGAUAUUUACUAGGUGAUGGAGCAUUAAGAAUACAAAGCUAUUUAAACCACUGUCAGGAUUAUCAGUGCAACUACGAUGAUGCCAGAAAAGAGACUUUUAUGGCUGAAAUGAAAGAUAAAAUAACAAAAGGAGAUGUUGUUUUAGAAGACGAACUGAAAACAAUGAUCCAUCUUGUAAAGAGAGAUGAAGAUGUAGAAAUGUGUAUAAAAAUAGCUAACCAAUUCCAGAAAGUAAAAUAUCAGCUUCAACAGCGAUAUUAUUUUUUCUUUGGUCCUGUGUUUAUGAGGAUGUUACAUCAUUCUAAGAAAGCAGACAUUGCAUUUAAGUUGAUGGAAGAUAGGAAGGGAAUGAGAAAUCUGCUAUUCCACCUGACUGCAGUUGUGAUCUAUAUGGAUUUGUUGUAUGAGGGAGAAAAGUAUGACCAAGUUGUCAAAUGUUAUGAAGAACUUGAUAGAUCUCAGAAGUAUAAGCACCUACCACUGAGAAAUCACAUGACUUUGGCAAUGGCAGCUUUGUAUAAAAUGAACAGUCAACAAGCAUUAGAAAAAGCUACAGAGUUAGUUCAAGCUACAUAUCACAACAGUAAGAGAAUAACAUCACCAAGAACAAGAGCAUAUGCUGCAGCCUUAGCUUUAAAUCAGAAUAAUCCAGAUCUAUCAUUAGAAAUACUGAAACUGUCUGUUGAAAGUGAUUUUGUCCAGAGUUUGAAUACAGCAUUAAAAAUAAUUGCAUUGUCCAGACUUGACCAAGUAGAUGCUGCAAUGGAAUUGCUUGAUAAAUAUCAUGUCCAGACAUCUAUCAGCUAUGACAAGCCAUCUAAAAUAUUUCCAGAUUGUAUAGAAGCUUUAAGUGAAAUGGUUGACAGAAAUGAUGAUCCACAAAUAAAACAGACAUUUAGUAAUACAAAAAUGGAUUUGGAAAAAGCUCAACUUAUAAAUGAUGUUUCAAUAUUUGACAAACUUUGUGAUACAAUUCUCAAUAGUAGACCUGAUAAUGAACAUAUACAAAAUUUACAAGAUAAGCGAGGACGACUUGUUAGAGAUCAUCACAGAUAUUGAAAUGUUCUCUUGCGUGGAAAUUGAUCAGAUGCCAGAAAUAUAGUCUAGAGAAAUUGAUACACUGUGCCAUAAAAGUAUUUUUAUUGAUGGGCUAUAAUUGGAGCUUUAUAAUGGACUUCAAAUGGAGCUUUAUAAUGGACUACAAUUGGAGCUUUAUAGAUGGACUACAAUUAGAGAUUUAUAAUGGACUACAAUUGGAGCUUUAUAAUGGACUACAAUUGGAGCUUUAUAAUGGACUACAAUUGGAGCUUUAUAGAUGGACUACAAUUGGAGCUUUAUAGAUGGACUUCAAAUGGAGCUUUAUAAUGGACUUCAAUUGGAGCUUUAUAGAUGGACUACAAUUGGAGCUUUAUAGAUGGAC